GUCGAAUGUGUAACAUAUAAUUUUACACAAAAACCAAAUCCUGAUCUUCCUGGCUUGGGCUAUCACAGAACAUUAUACUAUUUGGACCGAUCAGCAGCUGGUCUAGGAUGUGUAAUGCUGGGUCUUCAGCUAUGUGGUGUGUUAACGAGCUGGCAAGCAGCGUGGACAGUCAUCACCGUCCUAUUCACAGAUUGCGGCACCAUGUUCAUGUUUGGAUCCUUGAUGGGCCUGACAUCACUACUCCUAGUCAUUGCCAGCCACCAAUAUGAAAUCAACGAGAGACCAAGUGUCCUGCCACCGUUCCCCGAAGACUAUGCCCUAGACUAUUCUUGGUCCUUCUACCUAAGCUGGGCUUCUUUAGGACUCUGCAUUGCAAGCGGCAUCAUGUUCCUGAUGGUAGCGCGGCAAUGGCAUCUGGAGGAAGUCUGGUUUAAGAAGUCACUGGAGGAGGAGAAGAAACGGUUGCCGCAGCAAAGGUAUUCCCGAUCGAAGCUGAUACCGUCGUUCUAAUGAAGACCCGCCACUAUCAGCUGUGUUUGGUAAAGCAGGGUUUGUACUCGUUUAAGAUCCAGGAACCGUUUAAUAGUCCCUAUCUCUUUCAUAUCCAUGAUCCCAAAGAAAGCUGUAUAAUGAUGUACUUAUGCUUUUUACGUGAUGUAGUACUUCCUACCUAAUCUACUUCAGAUAAUGCAAUUCAAAAGAUGCAUGGAAUUCAAGUUUUUUUUUGAUAAAUCUAUUGGAUGAAGUUUAAAAAUAAAGUAAAAAAAAUAAAACUUUCCCUUUGUUGCUAUCGAUUAUUGCAAAAGUAGUAAUGCACUUUGAAGAAAUGCAGUUACAUAUCUUUUGAUGUAUUUUGGCUUUAAAAUAUUGAAUAUGGAGUUUAUAGAGUACCAAAGUGGUGAUGUCAAAGUUUAUUUUUGCAUUUCAUUUUUUUUUUCAUAGCGGAGAUCCAGGCCAUCAAUACAUUGACUUCAAUCAGGUUAAUUACAUUAUGUAUUCAGGGGUUUAGUAUGUAUCCAUGUGGUCGUAUCUCAGGCCUGUUUAACCAAUUCCUACCAAAUUUAGUCCGGGUGUUUUUCAUCACACUCCUAUGAAAUCUGAUAUCAAAACUAUGAAGUGCAAAAUCUGUUGUUUUUUAUGAUGCCACAUUUUGGUACUCUGGGGUUUUUAGGGAAAAGGAAAAAUUGAUAUUUCCAUGACUUUUGGUGAUACUUUGAGGUAUUGAGGUUUUGUCUCUUUUACUUAAAAAACUUAACCACAACCAGCUUUCCAAGACCUUUCUUCUUUAAGGAAAUUUCACUUAUGAUAUUAAGGACAUUCAAAUAUUUCUCAUAGAUAUUCACAAAAUAUGCAAAUAUCAUCGAGUUUUAAAUCAGGCUCUUUUCAUGACCAACAAGUGUUGAUAUAGCCAAUAAGAACAAAAUGAAAAAAGGAACAAAAGUUAGAGACCAAGUGCAAUGAAUUUCCCUGAAUCUUUUAUUUUGACAACAAACUUUCAUUGAUUUCUCAUCUUGUGGUUUAAAAGUUUAAUUACCCCUUUAAACAUCCUUUGAAAACUGAAUGAUAAUUCUCCUUUAAAGAUAUUUUGCUUGAAAUACUAUUUUGAAGAAUAGUUUUCACUUUUUUUUUUCAUUUUUGUAUCCACACAAACAUUUCCAUGACUUGCAACCAGCAUUAUUAUGCAAAGAUAUUGUGUAACUUUGUGAUUUCUGAAUUAUAACAUCCUAAUCAGGAUGGAAGUAUGUUCCAAAACAAGAAUGAUACUUGCGCUUUGAUGAAUACUUAAAACAACAGAAAGUAGGUAUUUGAAUGUUAGCUCUAUCCCACCUCAGGUGUGAUGUGGUAAAGCACGGCCAUGGCACACCUUACGAUUGAUCUGCGACCCGAUUUUGGAAUAAAACAUAGUAGAAUUCGAUGCUAAUAUUGAAACAAAGAAUUUCUUACUGUGUGACAUUCUAAAAUCCUCGUACGAAUACCUAUGUUCAAACCUGUGACUAUACCAUCAUCCCUAUUAGAAUCAAAUCGAAUUCAAUAUCUAGUCGUGAUGACAUCAUAACAGUCAUACGAUUGGCUAAGAUUGAAACUAAUUCGGCCUUUACUCCAAAUCAAAGGCUUGCAAUUAACCAAAAUUGUUAUAUUAGUAUUCUUUUAGUUAAUUUGAACCUCAAAUAAACAGAUAUUCUUAAUCACAUUUUCAGAAAAUGAGCAAAAUGCGAUUUGUUCCAAAAUGGGAUCGUAGACCAGUCGUAAGGUGUUCGGUGGCCUCAAUGCAUUGACUGUUUUUACUGGAUGAUUCGUGUGUUAAUUCAAUGGGAACCAGCCAGAUGAAGGAGAUGUUUCAUGGCAAUUAUGUCAACUUUACCCAAAUUAUAACCACAAUGGAAACCUUGAUUGUGAUUGGCUGUUGAGCCCUGUUACCAUGGUAGUUGCUGUAAUUGCAAAGUUACAUAACUCUUUAUGAAACAGUCCCCAAGGGUCGGUUUCAUGACAAUUAUGGUAACUCUACCAAAAUCGUAGCUACAAACAGAAACCCAAAGUUUGAGUGGCUGCAAGGCCCUGUUACCAUGGUAGUUUGAUAACCAUUCUGGCGUAGUUACAACAAUCGUGAGUUUGUUUGUGAAACCAGCCCCGUUAGUCAUUGCAUUAAGCUUUGAACAAUGUCAUAUUGACCAAGUAUUCAAACGUCAAUCAGAUGUUAGUAUUAGAUAUUCCACAUAACCAAUGUCUUUCUCUUACGCUGAAUUUUUGACAAGAUUGUAACCAAUGUUGUCAUAUUGAAAGUUGUGUGAUUGCUAUUUUGUGUUGUAUAAACUUGUUUUGACCUACAUGUAGUUAGGGGUACUUAACAGCAAUACCAUAGCAGGCUGAAGUAGUGAAGGCAAUAUAGACAUGUUUUUCUAUGGAAUGGUGUUCAAUGAUGUACAUUUUACACAUUAGGUUAAUAUCCUGAUGACUCGUGUAUCGUGCGAAAGAGGUUAAUACUAAAUAAGAUUUUGCAGCUGUUUAAACGAUUUUAAAAGACAAAAUGUCAUUUAGUGCAGAUUCUUUUUUUUUCUAAGAGAGUUAAUAAAUGAUGCCUGUUUGACGACUUGACAAAAAAUGCUUCAUUGUAAGCACAUUGAUACUAUACUACUGUAUCGACUCUCGACUAAUGUUGAUAAUGCUUGACAUGUAAGAUAAUGCAAAGGUUCUGGGAGGGGUAUCUUUAUUUUAACGAUAAUAACGAUAAUGAUAAUAAUAAUGUGUAAUUGAUGUGUGAAAGAAGGCAACUUUGUGAAUUAAUGUUUGUUAAUUACUUAAAACAUCCAACACUUGGGUAAAGUAAAAGAAUCUGUGCAUUUCACAGUAUAUUCAUUCAGAACCCACAUUCAAUAUCAUGAGAGGCCUAUUAUUCUGGUAUUGGUUGACAACUUUUUCCCAUAUAGUGUGCACACCUUUGCUAUUGCAGAUUGAAAAAAAUAUAUAUUUACCAAAUGAUAGAUUGCAAGUGCAGGAAAGAAGGAGGAUUAAUCAGUUGAACUUACAAUCUGAUCCCCC